CGAAAUUCUUGAUUUGACAAUCAAAAUUAUAUUAAGGAGAACUUCAUCAUCAAUAUGGAAGAAUACAGUGAAGAAUCUCAAACGGAAAAAUUGGAGACCACCUCAACUGAAUGCCAUGCAAUCGAGCCACCAUAUUAUAGACUUCUUGACAAAUGCAAACAACUAUUGGACAAACCACCAUCAGAAUAUUCCGCCACUGAAUCCGAAGCUUCCAACUCCAUCGAAUCACCGUACAAUAUCCUCGACCCAGAUCGUUUCGUAUACUUUGAUUCAACAUGGUUCUCGACCAAGUACCCCGAAAAGAAGAAGUCCCUCAUGAAAAUUGGAAGCGUAGAGUCUCCUUACUACCUGCUGGAAGGGAACAAGUAUAAAUAUCCAGAAGCUGCUGCAUUCCACGGAACUGGAAGGAUUGAUGAAUCCUUGGAAGUAUAUGAAAAUUAUCUUUUAAGGAACGUGAAGCGCUUGAUUCGAAAGCCAUGGAAAGUCAAUAUUAUGAAUUUGCGAACUUGUAUGACCAACGAUAUUCUGAACAGUAUAAACCCGCAGGAGUUUCAGGAUGUUCGUCAGAUUGCCAUGAAUCUUGUGAAUAGUGUCCUGGUAGAUGCUGUGAACAUCAUCAACCAACAAAUGAGAGACUCAAAUCGAGACGAUCUGUAUGUGGUACCCGAGUAUGAAAGUGAGCGGGCUCUUACCCCUUUUUCUUGGCCCCAAAUGAACCAUUUCGACUUGGACUAUAUAGAGGAUGUUAUCCGUAGAUAUGUGGAGCGGUGGGUCCUUGAUCCUGGUUUUAAAUUCUUCAUAAGAUACAUAUCUCAAAGAUCGACCGAUACCAGUGAUUUUUACUACUACCAAGUGAUGUUUAGUAAGCCUACGGUGGUUUGUCCAAAUCCUCAAGGAACGGCCAAUGUUUUUUUCACGGUGGAAGUCACACCAGUUGUGGUGGAAAAGAUACCGAUCCAUGUAACCUAUCAAUUUGAGGAUUACUCACAAAUUCAUAAGCCAGAUGGACGCUUCAAAUUUCAACGAUUUAUUAUCAAUAAUAUAAUCAAGAAUAAAAUAAAAGUUUUCACUGAAUUGGAGUUUUGAUCGGUGAUGUUUAUUGGCUGGUGGGUGUGUCUUUUUGUGAGUGUUUUAUUGUCUAAAUGAAAAAUGAAAUUGUAUCUUACUCAAGAGAUUUAUAAUGUGAUGCUUUAAUUAAAUAAUGUU